AUGUUGCACUUGGAACCUACUGUUAGGCGAAAAUCAAAAUCCUUCCGCGACAGGUACGCGCUUUAUCUCGUGCGGAAACCUAUAGAGAUCACGCCUGAGGAUCUCACUAUAGCAAACAUUCCUUUAGAAGAUUGCGCAAAGAGUGAAGAAAUAGUUACAAUAGGCAAUAACGAAUUCGUCGUUCGAGGCGCUGGCUUACCUACUCAAACAUUUCAUAUCCCGUCUAGCACUCUGCACGCUUCGGAAGCAGCGGCAUCAACUGAGGCUGUUGGUAAAGUCACAGGAUCUGUAGUCAUAUCGAGGGCAGAGUUCGACCUUGUCGACGGCGUCUUUGAAGAAGGUAAUGAUGUCCCGCUUGAUCUCAUCCAACAUUUACCCCUCAAGCCUAUCAAAAAGAAAGUAUCCCGCAAGGGAAUUAAGCGUUUGCGACAGCGAUUGAGCGCAACAGGCGUAAAGAAAUUAAAAACUAGUGAUAUUGCAAUUGUUGAAGAGGAUUUAUAG